UCGCGGCCCGAGGCAGGCAACAGAUUGGAGUGGAGCACCCGCGGGAGCCGCGGCACGACCCACUCAAGCGCACCUACACACCGCAGGGCCCGGCCCCCCGCGCACCGCGCCGCGCACCCGCCCGUCAACACAGCUGCCCCCGGGACCGACACCCGGGCCAAGCCGGCGCCACUACUCGGCGCCCCACAGUGUAGUGUAGUGAAGUGCAGUGCGCGUGUCAGUCAGGCACCUGUCAAAGUGCCACCGGCGCGGCGUGUAAAUACCCCGCGCCCAGACUUCCUGCUCCAGAGCUGCACCUGGCGGCGGCGGCGGCCGCGGGGCGGCGAAGAAGACACCCGCCGGCGCAGAGACACUAGCCGGCUUCCAGCUGCCGCGUCAGGUACGGGCGAUACUCCGCGCGCCAGGCACCCGCAGCCGUUAGUUCCAGCGCCCGGCGUGCGCCAUGAGUGUCGUGAGCGACAUGGGGCCCGGCGGCGCGGCCGUGGGGCCGGCGGGGGGGCCUGCCGGGCCGGAGGCCGCCGGAGCUGGCAGUACCGACCAGGACUCGGAGGAGAUGGCAGCCGCGGAGCGUGAUCUGGCCGAGGAUGCGCAGUGGAAGCGGAUCCAGCAGAACACAUUCACCCGGUGGGCCAACGAGCACCUCAAGACGGUGAGCAAGCACAUCGGCAACCUCGAGACGGACCUGUCGGACGGACUGCGGCUCAUCACGCUCAUCGAGGUGCUCUCGGGCAAGAAGCUGCCCAAGCACAACAAGAGGCCCACCUUCAGGAGCCAGAAGCUGGAGAAUGUGUCUGUGGCGCUGCAGUUCCUCGAGAAGGGCGAGGGCAUCCGCAUCGUCAACAUUGACUCGUCAGACAUCGUGGACUGCAAACUGAAGCUGAUCCUGGGUCUGAUAUGGAUGCUCAUCCUGCACUACUCCAUCUCCUUGCCCAUGUGGGAGGGCGAGGAGGACUACCCGCCAGGCGACAAGCAGCCCACCCCAAAGCAGAGGUUACUCCACUGGAUCCAGAGCAAGAUUCCAGACCUGCCAAUCACCAACUUCACGUCGGACUGGAACGACGGACGCGCCGUGGGUGCUCUGGUGGACGCUAUUGCCCCGGGCCUGUGCCCGGACUGGCAGGACUGGGACCCAAAGGAUGCCAUCCAGAACGCAGCCGAGGCCCUGGGGCUGGCUGACGACUGGCUCAACGUCCCUCAGCUCAUCAAGCCCGAGGAGAUGGUCAGCCCCAACAUGGACGAGAUGUCCAUGAUGACCUACCUGUCGCAGUACCCCAGUGCCAAGCUCAAGCCCGGCGCACCCCUGCGCCCGCGCACCAACCCAAACAGGCUGCCUCCUUCCUGUCCGGAGAUAGAUCUAGCGCGUGAUCUAACGUCACGCCCUCUAACCACUAGCAGGCCACGGCGGCACUUUGUCGUGGUCGCUUAUUUCGUUCUAAUCUGGUGCCUCUUCUUUGAUAUCGUUAUUUAAUAUUUAUCUGUUUUGCCUAUUGUUUAUUGUGUCUAGUCUGUUCGAUCUCAAGUUGUGAUUUUUAAAUACUUUUAUACUACUUAUGUUGUUUUCAAUAUACGCGUUUGCUUAACUCUU